GCAAACGAGCGCCUGAGAGCAUUAAAAGGAGGAAAGUAGCACUAAAUAUUCGUUUGAGCUGUGAACGGAGAAACUUAUUGAACGGAGAAACUUACAAGCAAGGAAAACAUGGAUUGUGCAGAGCAAUCACUGUCGCACCAAGUAGGAGGCGUUCACGAUACAUUGCGCUUCGGCCUCCCUGGAGUCAAGAGCGACAUCAUCGUAUCACACCCACUUCAAAUUCUUCGCGAAAAUGCCCAAAAGCAGCAGGCAGAAAUGAAGAGGAAUAUUCUCGCAAAUACUUAUGGGUCUGCGUUUCCCUUAAAGAUGGACAUUGAGAAACAAAUACUUUCAAGAUUUCAGAGGCCUUCUGGUAUGUUGCCUUCUUCUAUGCUAGGUUUUGAGUCAUUAACUGGAACCUUGGAUGAUUUUACUGUGGAAGAUUAUCUGAAUGAUCCGAGGGAUUCAGAAACAUUUGUGACUGCUGACAUGCACCAUGGCAUGGAAGUGCGUCUUGGUCUGUCGAAGGGGCCAGUUUGCCCUACCUUCAUGUGAUUAGUUUUGGAUCGAUACAUUCCAACAACUAUGAUCCAGAGAUAUUGUUUAUCGAGUAAAAUAGUGUAGUGAGUGAUCAAACUGGAUGAUGUUGUUUGCCAUGUAUAACUUUGCUAGGUUUAUGUUGACUUUCUGCAAAUGGAGAUAUUUUGAUUUGUAAUAACUACUGCUUGCAUAAAAUUUGAUGCAGGUUUAGGAAGUUUAUAUUGCUGAAUUUUUAUAUGAAUUGUUUAAUCUUGCCUUUCAA